GGGACUAAGAGAAAGUAAUAUUCCCUCGGUACAAAGCUAAGUGUGACCAGCUGCUUCGAACAAAUGGAAGGUUUUGAAAAUCCGAUUCAAGGUCAGAAAUGGACAUUCCACUCGGGUCCGCAAUGCGGGAAAGUGGGAUGAAGUCAAAUAUACAUUCAUAAUCUUGAAGUAAAUUUCUUCACGCAUUCUAUUCUGUUGAACGUCCGAGUUUUCGUUAAACAUUGGCGGGCUUUUCGAGUUUGAAAGAAAGCGGUUGAUGAUUUGGUGCCGGGAUUUUCCGGCCUCCUCCCCGGGCCCCCUCCGGAUUGGUGAGGGAAGCAGAUAUCUGAUUGGGCAUUGAAAUGACAUUAGGAGAUACUGAAAAAUGUGACCAAUCAGCAAUGGCCGCACCCCCAUUCCUCCCGAAGGUAUAAGAGGACGGGAUGUGGCCGCAUUGCAGCAUUCUCUGUGAAAGUGUUUGUGAGACUGUGGCGAUGUCUGGGAGAGGAAAGGGCAGUGGCGGGAAAGCUCGGUCGAAGGCGAAGUCCCGGUCGUCCCGGGCUGGGCUGCAGUUCCCGGUGGGACGUGUUCACAGGCUCCUGAGAAAGGGUAACUAUGCUGAGCGUGUGGGUGCCGGAGCGCCGGUCUAUCUGGCUGCGGUGCUCGAGUACCUGACGGCUGAAAUCCUCGAGCUGGCCGGGAACGCGGCCCGGGACAACAAGAAGACCCGCAUCAUCCCCAGGCACCUCCAGCUGGCCGUGCGCAACGACGAGGAGCUCAACAAGCUGCUGGGAGGUGUGACCAUCGCUCAGGGCGGGGUGUUGCCUAAUAUCCAGGCCGUGCUGCUGCCCAAGAAAACCGCCGCUGGGGGCGCCACUAAAAAGUGAAGAGACCGUUUUGGAACCUGAUAAUCCAAAGGCUCUUUUUAGAGCCACCCACAACAUCAGUGAAAGAGUCUCAGACCUCGUUUCUGUUCGAUUGAUUUAAUUUUAAAUAUAUAGAGCCUGGGACUUCGCAACGUCAAAUUUCAAUCACAUCAUUCAUUGAUCCUGUAGUUGUCACAGUUCGAUAGAGAAUGAAAUCCAUCCUGCUGCUCCUGAUUUCGGUAAUAUUUCCAUUCAGAGCUGGCAGCCGAUGAGCAGGAAGAAGUUAUGAUGAGCUUAUUAUAAAAUUACAAUGUAUAACAUAUUUGGAGAACAGAAUAAUCGUUUUGCAAAUACGUUUUCCAGUCCCACUGCUUGUUGUUCACUGCCAAUUUCACAUCUCCCUUAAUCGCAUCAGAGAAAGCGAAAGUGACCCGGGGCAGCACGUUGCAGGGUCAUUUGCUUUUGAUAAUGAACGGCCACUGACCCUCUGCGCAUUAGUCUCGGGUGCAGCUCAUUUUCCUGCCUUUUGUAUUAUCGAGUCCUCACAGUGUGGAAGCAGGUCAUUCGGCCCGUCGAGGCCCGACUGACCCUCUGAAGAGCAUCUCUCCCAAAGUGCCCUUCCAUAUCCCUGUCACUCUGUCUUUCUCUGGACGCACUGGGCCCAUAGCAUAGCCAUGCCACAUAAAGUGCACAUCUUUGGACUAUGGAGGAAACCAGAGCACCUGGAGGAAAUCCUCAAAGACACUAAGGCCACCCACCAGCCUACCUUUUAUCCUGGGAGUAGCAGCCAUGGCCUGUACAGCUUCUCCCUGAAGCUGAGCCCCUUACAAAUCUUUUAUGAAUGUUUAAGCUUAAAGUAAAAGAAAAAGCUUCUAGUCAGUCUGGCUGUUCAUCAUCUUGAAACCUUGGAUGAACUGUCUAAUCCAUUCCCUACAGCAGACCAGGAGUGCAGCAUCAAAAGGGGACGACCAGAAAAUUCAGCGGAGAAGGCUUCAGCAAAUCCAUCAAAGAUACCAAGAGGCAGGACUGGAACAGUUUAGUGGCCCCAACCAACCAAACUGAGCAAAGCAAGAUAGUGGACAAAGACAGUUCCCACCCUGAUGCUGUCUAUGCUUGGUUUACACAGAAUGCCAGCAGCGUGGUGUCCACUGCCCCGCCAGGCCUCAAUGCACCUGUUCUAUCGGUCACUGCAGUUGUCAGAUCCGUCUUCCUGGUGAGAACACCCAAGGAAAGUAACUGACCUGGACUGAAGCACCAACUGUGCAUGUAAUUCCUGUGGGGAGGUACUCUGACAUCUUUGAUGUCUCCCUCUGACAAGCUGUACUCUGCACCUGCUUGAGAAGACCACCAUUAUCCCAGUCCGAAAAACCACAUGCAGUAUGACUUCAUCUGUACUGCCCAGUAGCUCUGGCAUCCAAAAUCAUGAAGUGCUUCGAGAUGCUGGUCAUGGCCCACUUGAACUCUCGACUUUCAGCCUGCCUCAAUCCCUUGCAAUUUUCCCACUAAUGCAACAGGCCCACAGCAAGAUGCCCUUUUCCCAGCCCUGCAAUCAUCCCUGGAACAUCUGGGCAACAAGGCCACCUACAAUCAGGCUUCUGCUCAUCAACUACAGCUCAGUCUUCAACACCAUUAUCCCUGCAAGACGGAUCUCAAAACUAACACCUCAGGCUUGGCUCCACCCUGUGCAACUGACUCCUCAGCUUCCUGAAACACAGACCACAAAUCGAGAAGAUAGGCAACUGAAUCUCCUCUGCGAGGACAUUCAAACACUGCAACCCUCAAGAAUGCAUUGUCAGGUCCCUACUGUACUCCUUGUAUACUCACUAUUGUUGUCAAAUUCUGAAUGAAUGCCACCUAUAAGUUUGCUGUUGGCAACACAAUGAUGGGAUGGAUAAUAAAUAAUGAUUAUUCAGAUGACAGGAAGGAGAUGGAGGGUUUGGUGACUUGGUGCAAUGAUAAAAAGAAAACUGAAUGUUCACAAAACAAAAGAACUUAUAAUUGGCUUCAGAAGGAAAAGAGCAGAACACACCCUCAGGUCCAUCAACAGAGUAGGGUGCUGAGAGUGUCAAUUUCCCAAGAGUUACAAUAACCAACAACCUUCAUGGGACUUCCCACAUAGAUGCAAUGGUAAUGAAGGCACAAAGGCCUUGUCUUCCUGAGGCUGCUCAUGUAUUUGGCAUGUUACUCAUGCACCAUAGAAAGCAUACUGUCUGGGUUCACAGAGGCCUGAUAUGGAACCUGCUCUGUCCUGUUCCACGAGCGACUGUGGAAGGUUGUGUUCACACCCCACACCAUCACGGCACCCAACUUCCCAACCAUGGGCUCUCGUUGCUGUGCAAAACCUGAGACAUCAAAAUCCAUCCAACCCCAGUGGUGCCCUCCUACAACCUCUUGCAUCAGGCAGAAGAUACAGAAGCUCGAACACCCACACCAGCAGGUUCAAGAACAGAUUCUUCCCUGCCAUAGUUAGACUGACGAAUGGACACUCAAAUUUCAAAAGUGUUGAUCUUGCCUGCAUACAUCCUGUGGAGUGUAACUUGUAUGCCUUAUUGUUUCCAUUUUUCACAUUAUGACCUGUAUGUGCUUACUGACUAUGAUCUGGCUAUACUGCUCGCCAACAAAACCAUUCACUAUUUAGGAACAUGUCACAAUAAAUCUAAUUAAAUUCCCGUAGCAGAGAGGCCAGAAUUGAAUGCAUUAUUCCAAGUGUUCUAAUCCAUGUCCUGUACAGCUGCAACUUGUCCUCCCAACGACCGUUCUCAAUAUACUGGCCAAAUUUUCCGAAGGAUACCAUCAGCAACAAAUGUUGAAACAGAAGUUAAACAAGUUACAACCUUAUUUUCAAAAGGCUGAAAAAGCCACCCCAGUGCCCCCUGAAAGAAGUUUUGUACAAGAUGUGAUAAUGGGCCAGUUGGAGGUUUCAGUUCAGUGGUGGUUAAUGCAGCUACAUUGUAUGUGUUCAAAUAUCAUGAAACAAAAACAAAAACGGCAACGUCUGAUCAGGUUCCAGUUUCACAACUGAUUUUUCUUUUUGUGAAGAGAAGGUGUGUGGCCAAGAUAUUGUCAAUUCAUACAUUCUUUCCAAGCAGUUUUAAAAGGCAAUCGUUUCACAUUGAACAUCUGUCUCUGCCUCAAUUAUAUGAAAAGAGCACUUCCUUCAAAACAAGACACAUUGCUGAAUUUACCUUCACCCACUUGUUCAAAAUGUGGGAAACUGACAUAUUUACUGUCAACCCCUCAUGCCGACAGUAACUUGUGAGCAGGCGUCAGCACUAGAAACAUAUUCGACCCUAAUCAUCAAAACCCUGAAGCCUGCAUGCAUGUUACAUUUAUUAUAAAUACAGAGGUUAAAGCAGUUUGAAUUUGCUCAUCAGAUUAUGAGCAUCACUGGCUCGGCUAAACCACCUGUAAUUGCCCAGAGAGCCAUUAUGUAUAGUCAAUAUCAGUGAUGGGAGUGUGGAGUCACACCUAAAAGGGAGAGAGAACAUAAUAAACUCCAGUAACUCAUUG